CCGUGGAGACAGGUUGGCACCACUUUUUCUCCUGGAGUAAGACGCACGAGUGUCAAGGCCGUGACUGAACACUUUAUCAGGCAGUGGAUUCAGAAUUUUUAAAAAUAUAACAACCUAUUGACAUAAUUCCAUUUUUAACUUUAAUAUAGCUUCUACGAAAAAAGAAAAAUCUUUGUGAAUUAAAGAAAAUUACCGAUAAAUAUUACAAAAUUAUUAGUGGUUUAUAGUGAGGGACACGUGAAUACUAUAGUGAUAAUAAUCUGACUAAAGCAUUGUGGAAAAUCUGUGACAUACAAAUAACAUCACUCGUCUGCCUGAGUUUUGAUCCUCAUAUCCUUCGAGGCCCGCUACAUCGCGCCGCCCGGAGGAGGGAGGGAAGGGCGCAGACGCAGGCACAGUGCAGCUAGAGCCGAGGAGGACGUCUUCGGAGGAGGAGAAGAAGGAGAAGGAAUCCUAGGAGGAGAAGGAGGAGGUAUAGAAGGAGGAAGAGGACUAGAAAGAGGAAGAGUAGGUGGAGGAGGAGGUAUAGAAGGAGGGAGAGGAGGACCGGAGAGAGGAAGAGGAGGAGGAGGAGGAGGAGGAGGAAUACUAGACCGAGGUGGAGGAGGACUUUUCUGGGAUGGAGACGUGAGCGACGCCCAGGAAGGAGGAGGAUACGGAAGCGGGCUGGAGGACGACAAGCAGAUGCUCCUCGAUGUGGAACAGAACAUCGCCAACCUCGAGAGGAACAUCAGCAUGCAAGAGAAACACUCGGGAAUGAUGAGAGGAAGGAAGAGCAAAGAGAACUCGCCGGAGAUGCAGAAGAAGAGCCGAGGCUUCGCGGGCAUGAAGGCCGUCCGCUCGCUGGUGCGCCUCGGCCGCCAGCGGUCCCGCAGCGCCGGUGCGGACGACGAGGAGCGCUGCGGACUCAAGGACGCGGACCACAACGACGCCCACGCCCGCGACCUCAGCCGCCCGCCCUCCGCCUGCUCCACCAUCUCCGACAACGAGUCCACUUGCUCCGUCUCCACCAACGUCAAGGCCAAGAAACACAAAUCCGAGACCGUGAACUCCACUCCUGCCGAACUCAAAGCUCAGGACUUCCAGGUAUGCAUAACAAUCAUUGAAGCGCGACAACUGGCCGGCCUCAACAUGGACCCUGUGGUGUGCGUGCAAGUCGGAGACCAGAAGAAAUACACGUCAGUGAAGGAAUCUACGAACUGCCCGUACUACAAUGAGUAUUUCGUGUUCGACUUCCACAUGGCCCCGGCUAUGCUUUUCGACAAGAUAAUUACAUUGACGGUCUUGCAAUGUCGGAACAUCCUCCGGUCUAACAAGGUCCUGGGGAGUUUUAAACUGGACGUAGCAACCGUGUGGUCCCAGCCAGAGCACCAAUUCUACCACAAAUGGGCGUUGCUCACCGACCCAGAUGACAUCACUGGCGGGCCGAAGGGUUACCUCAAGUGCGACAUCUGCGUGGUGGGCAAGGGGGACGCCAUCAAGGCCCCCUUGAGGAAUGACAAGGAUGAGGACGACAUUGAAGGGAACCUCCUGCUGCCCGACGGAGUGCCAGCAGAGAGGCAGAGGGCCAAGUUCAUCGUCCGCAUCUAUCGGGCCGACGGACUCCCCAAGAUUAAUUCCUCGAUCAUGGCGAACGUGAAGAAGGCUUUCACGGGCGACUCCAAGGACCUGAUCGACCCCUACGUCCAGGUCUCCUUCGCUGGACUCUCGGGCCGCACGAGCGUGAAGAAGAACACAGCCAGCCCGACGUGGAAUGAACAAAUCGUGUUCACCGAGAUGUUCCCUCCGCUGUGCCAGAGAGUCAAGAUCCAGCUGAGAGAUAACGACGCUGUCAAUGACACUGUCAUCGGAACGCAUUUCCUCGAUCUCACGACGAUCUCGAACGACGGAGAUAAGGGCUUCCUCCCGACCUUCGGCCCCGCCUACGUGUACAUGUACGGCUCCACCCGCGACGGCUCCGUCAUGGACGAGAACUCCGCCCUCAAUGCCGGCCUGGGGGAGGGCAUCGCGUACCGGGGGCGCGUCCUCAUCUCCGUGCGCUGCCAGAUCACGGACCAGCUGGACGUCGCGCCGUCGGAGGUCGAGGUCGAGAACACGCUGCCCAUUCAGGAGAGUAACUACGGUAAAAUGGAGGAGUUCCUGAUGUUCGCUUCGGUGCAAGAGGCGACUAUGAUUGAUCGUAAAGUGUGCGACAAACCGCUCUCCUUCGAACUGUCGCUGGGCAAUGCGGGCAAUUCCCUGGACGGCUGCUCGACCACGAGACCUUCCAGCGAAGAGGAGAGCGACGGAGAAUCGGGCCCCGAAUCAGUCGUGGGCGAGGCGUCCAUGUGGCACUCGACGACGCCGCCCAUGAAGCCCAUGACCAACGACAAGAUCUACUACUUCCUGCCCUUCUGGGACGACAAGCCCUGCCUCUACAUCCGCUCCUUCUUCCAAGACCACCGCAGGAGACUCUACAACUCCAACGCCAUAGCGGGCAUCGCGAUCAAGCUGGAGGAGGGUCUGUCCGAGGUGUCCGGCCUGAUGGAGGAGGAGGACGGAAGCGCCGAGCGCCGCCUGAAGGAGGUGCUGGAGGAGAUGGUCUCGGGAUGCGGCCAGUACCUGAGCAUCGCCAGGGCGUCCUCUGCGGCGUCCACGGGAGGCAGGACCAAGCUGGACAAGGAGAGGAUGAGGCUCUGCCAGAGGGAGAUCGACCACCUCGGCAGCGCAGCCCGGCACACGAAGGCGCUGGUGACGAGACACAGCCUCCGAGACCGCUACAAGACGGCGCACACGUAUCUCGCCAAGCUCAGGGGACUGAUUGAGGAUCCCCAGCACAGCCUCCCCGACGUGUUCCUGUGGAUGAUCAGCGGCGGGAAGCGGGUGGCUUACCAGCGCAUCCCCACCAGGCACCUCAUCUACUCGCCCGUGGACCUGGAGAGAGGGAAGUCCUGCGGGGUCACCCAGACGCUGUUCCUCAAGCUGCCCGGACGCAAGUCGAGCGGGCCGGGCGGCUGGGCCAUCCAAGCCAAGCUGCAGAUCUACCUGUGGCUGGGCAUGAUGAAGCACAAGAAGCACUUCCUUCCCGGCAUUCCCAAGGGCUACGAGACGCCGUACGAGCUGCGCAACAUCGAGAGGACCAUGACGCUGCCGCCCAUCACGCUGCACUACACGCAGAAACAGAUCUUCCAGCUGCGCGCGCACAUGUACCAGGCCAGGUCACUCAUCGCCUCCGACAAUUCAGGUCUCUCUGACCCCUUCGCGCGGGUCAUCAUCGGAGAGCACUGUCGAGAGACUCAGGUGAUCGACGAGACGCUGAGCCCGACGUGGGACGAGAUGCUGGUGCUGGACGACAUCCUGGUGUACGGGACGAGGGAGGAGAUGAAAGCCCAGCCUCCGCUCAUCGUGGUCGAGAUUUUCGAUCAGGACAAAGUGGGCAAGUCAGAGUUCAUCGGGCGGGCGCUGGCUCGACCGCACAUCAAGCUCCGCGAAGAACCGUACGAGCGGCCGCACCUGGAGUGGCACGACCUGUUCCGCGGGACGGACCACGCCGGGGAGCUGCUGGCGACCUUCGAGCUCCUGCAGUUCCAGGACGGCGAGGAGGGCGGUGACGUCAUCGCCGUGCCCCAGGCCAAGGAGUACCACGGGGGGGACAGCGGGCCCCUGAUGCCAGUGCCGCGGGGCAUUAGGCCGACGCUCGCCAAGUACAGGCUGGAGGUUCUGUUCUGGGGCCUGCGCGACCUGAAGCGCAUCCACCUGCUGACGGUGGACCGGCCGCGCGUGGACGUGGAGGUGGCAGGACACAUCAUCCAGUCGGCCGUCAUCACGUCGGCGCGGAGGAACCCCAACUUCACCAACCCCGUCAAGUACAUCGAUCUGGAACUCCCCGAGCAAGAGCUGUACUGCCCUCCAAUCACCAUCCGGGUCGUGGACUGCCGGAGCUUCGGAAGGUUCACUCUGGUCGGGACGCACAUCAUCUCCAACCUGCACCGCUACACAUGGACGCCGACGACGAGGAGGGAGAAGGAGGCGGCGAGGAAUGCGUCGCUGGUGCAAUUGCAAGGAGACGACCCGAACGGCGUGGGGAACAACAACGCUCUGGUCCCCAACAACGUCCACGGCGGAGGAGGAGGCGGCGGCGGAGGCGGAGGAGGCGGGAGCGUGGCCUACAGAGGGAACCACGAGCGAAGUCCUCUUCUGCAGAAGGACACGAUCAUCACCAUCGACUAUGUGCGUGGAUCUGGCGCCGUGUCCAAGCUCGUGGGCGUGACGAAGAAGGAGAAAGCAGAAGCGAACAGAAGACGAAAGCAGAGUUUAGACAUAGAGGAGGAGGAAGAGGAGAACAGGGACUGGUGGACGAAAUACUUCGCGUCGCUGGAGGCUGUGGCCAUUCAACAGCAGGAGAGCAGGGGGGCGAGAGAGCGAGCAGACAACCCCGACGGCGAGCAGACGCAGCAGCAGGAGGCCCAGCGGGAGGCGGCGACGGACAAGAAGAAGCACCACACCUUCAAGGCUUCGUCCACGGCGGCGAAGCUGGCGGCGAGACUCAGCCCGAAGACGCAGAGGAGAAAACCCAAGCAGAAUAUUGCUCUCAUGAAGGUCAUACCGGGAGACCUGGAGACUGAUUUCAACGGUUUCCGAGAGUGGCUUCACACCUUCGAGCUGUACCGGGGCAAGAAAACCGGGGACGAACUGGAGGACGAGAACCGGGUCGUCGGGAAGUUCAAGGGCUCCCUCAAGCUGUACAGGUGGCCCCUCCCGAAGGACAUUGAGGACACGACCAUCACGGGAGGCGACCCACAGUAUGGCUUCUUCCAGGGCCUUCCCUCCAACGACCCCAUCCACGUGCUGGUGCGAGUGUACGUGGUCCGUGCGUGUGACCUUCAUCCCAUGGACCUGAAUGGGAAAGCUGACCCUUACAUCCUGAUCUACCUCGGGGGCAAGAAAGUGUCGGACAAAGAAAACUACAUUUCGAAGCAGUUGAAUCCCGUCUUUGGCAAGUGCUUCGAGAUCGAGGCCACCUUCCCUCAGGACUCGAUGCUGACGGUGCAGGUCCUCGACUGGGACCUCGUGGGCUCCGACGACAUGAUCGGGGAGACGAAGAUCGACCUCGAGAACCGGUUCUAUUCCCGCCACCGAGCCACGUGCGGCCUCGCCUCCAGAUACGAGACGGCGGGCUACAACCAGUGGCGGGACCCGAUGAAGCCGACGCAGAUCCUGGGGCGCCUGUGCAAGGAAGGGCGUCUGGACGGGCCUCACUACGGGCCGGGGAAGGUCAGGAUCGGCCCCAAGACCUUCACGCUGCAGGCCGACGACGAGCACGACCCGGGCAGGUUCCGGAUGAUAGCGAGCGAGGAGCAGCUGGCACUCGCUGUCCUGCACCGGUGGGAGGAAGUGCCAAAGGUGGGGUGCCGCCUGGUGCCGGAGCACAUCGAGACGAGGCCCUUGUACAACCCCGAUAAGCCGGGCAUUGAGCAGGGCAAGAUCGAGAUGUGGGUGGACAUGUUCCCGAUGGACAUGCCCCUGCCCGGCCCGCCCCUCGACGUCACGCCCAGGAAACCCAAGAGCUACGAACUCCGCGUCAUCAUCUGGAACACUGACGACGUCGUGCUCGAGGAUGACGCCUUCUUCACCGGCGAGAAGAUGUCGGAUAUUUACGUCAAGGGGUGGCUCAAGGGCCCCGAGGACACCCAGUGCACCGACAUCCACUACCGGUCGUUAACAGGCGAAGGCAAUUUCAACUGGAGGUUCGUCUACCCCUUCGAGUACCUUGUGGCCGAGGAGAAGAUCGUCAUCAGUCGCAAGGAGUCGCUGUUUUCGUGGGACGAGACGGAGUGCAAGAUCCCGGCGAGGCUGGAGUUGCAGGUCUGGGACGCCGACCACUUCUCCGCCGACGACUUCCUGGGCGCCAUCACCCUGGACCUGAACCGCUUCCCCCGCGGCGCCAAGAACUCCAAGCUGUGCACGCUGGACAUGCUCAAGACAGACGGUUCGGUCCCGAUGGUGAACAUCUUCAAGCAGAGGAGAGUGAAGGGCUGGUGGCCCUUCUACAUCAAGAAGGAGAACGAGGAGAUGGAGCUCACGGGGAAGGUGGAAGCCGAGAUUCACCUGCUGACGAAGGACGAGGCGGAGAAGAACCCGGCUGGACUCGGGCGCAACGAACCGGAUCCUCUGGAGAAGCCGAACCGCCCCGACGCCUCCUUCAUGUGGUUCCUCAACCCCCUGAAGAGCAUCAGAUACAUAAUUUGGCACAACUACAAGUGGGCCAUCAUCAAGAUUCUCGUUUUCUUUGCUCUGACCAUUUUCUUCGUCCUCUUCUUCUACUCCGUUCCUGGCUUCACCGUCAAGAAGAUUCUAGGGGCGUAAAGAAAACGGAGAUUCUGGCAGCGUGAAGAAAACGGAGAUUCUGGCAGCGUGAAGAAAACGGAGAUUCUGGGAGCGUAAAGAAAACGGAGAUUCUGGGAGCGGAAAGUAAACGGAGAUUCUGAGAGUCUAAAGAAAAUGGAGAUUCUGGAAGCCUAAAGAAAACUGAAGUUCUGGGAGCCUAAUGAAAACGCAGAUUCUGGAAGCUUAAAGAAUAUGAAGAUUCUGGGAGCAUGAAGAAAAACGGAGAUUCUGGGAGCUUAAAAAAAAACGGAGAUUCUGGGAGCAAGAAAAAAAACGGAGAUUCUGGGAGCCUAAAGAAAACGGAGAUUCUUGGAGCCUAAGGAAAAUGGGGAUUCUGGGACCGUGAAGAAAACGGAGAAUCUGAAACCUAAAGAAAACGGAGACUCUUGGAGCCUAAAGGAAACGGAGAUUCUGGAAGCCUAAAGAAAACGGAGACUCUUGGAGCCUAAAGGAAACGGAGAUUCUGGAGGUCUAAAGAAAACGGAGAUUCUGGGACCGUGAAGAAAAUGGAGAUUCUGGAAGCCUAAAUAAAACGGAGAUUCUGGGAGCUUAAAGAAAACGGAGAUUCUGGGACCGUGAAGAAAACGGAGAUUCUAGAAGUCUAAAGAAAACGGAGAUUCUUGGAGCCUAAAGAAAACGGAGAUUCUGGGAGCCUAAAGAAAAUGGAGAUUCUGGGACCGUGAAGAAAACGAAGAUUCUUAGAGCCUAAAGAAAACAGAGAUUCUGGAAGCCUAAAGAAAACGGAGAUUCUGGAAACCUAAAGAAAAUGGAGAUUCUGGAAACCUAAAGAAAAUGGAGAUUCUGGGACCGUGAAGAAAACGGAGAUUCUGGGAUCGUGAAGAAAACGGAGAUUCUGGAAGCCUAAAGAAAACGGAGAUUCUGGAAACCUAAAGAAAACGGAGAUUCUGGGACCGUGAAGAAAACGGAGAUUCUGGGACCGUGAAGAAAACGGAGAUUCUGGGACCGUGAAGAAAACGGAGAUUCUGGAAGCCUAAAGAAAACGGAGAUUCUGGAAACCUAAAGAAAAUGGAGAUUCUGGGACCGUGAAGAAAAUGGAGAUUCUGGGAUCGUGAAGAAAACGGAGAUUCUGGAAGCCUAAAGAAAACGGAGAUUCUGGAAACCUAAAGAAAACGGAGAUUCUGGGACCGUGAAGAAGACGUAGGUGGAAGAUGGAAGAAAAGGAGAUUGACGGAACGAAUGAUGGAAGGAAGAGACGGACGAUGAAAAGAAGGAAGGAGGACUGAAGGAACGAUGAAAGAGAAUGAAGGAGGACUGAAGGAACGAUGAAAGAGAAGGACGGAAGAUAGAAGAAACGAUUGAAGGGAGGAAUGAAGGAAGGAAGGACUGAAGACUGAAAGAACGAUGGAAGAGAAGGAAGGAAUUAAGAGAACCAGGGAUGGAAAACUGAAUGAACGAUGGAUGGAAAGACAGGAGAGAGGAAGAGAGAAAGAAAAAAUAUAUAUCACUUUCAUUAAGUCCUAAUUGAUGUCGAACGAUGGAAUGGAGGAAAGGGAGGGAAAGGGAAGGAAGGGAAGGGAAGGGAAGAACCAGGAAGUCGCACGUGAGCAUAUUUUCCCCAAGGUAAUAAGUUACAUAACCCGGCUGUAGAUGUUAGGUGUAUUCCUCCUGUGUCAAUAGCGGGAAAGUGUGUGUGUGCGUGCGUGUGUGGGUGUGUAAGAUUAUAUUUUAUAUAUGUAUAUCUCCUUCGUGUUCGUGCAAAUAUUUCUGUUCAUAGUGAGGUGUACAUACUUCUACGAGUAUCUCAGUCGCCUUGGGUCACAGGACGAGGAUGUAAUAAUACCUGAUUGUAAUUUCGAAUGUUCUAUGAUAUCCUGUGUGUGUGUGCGGAGCCAUUAUAGAGUGGCUAUAUUCUACUGUGUCCAUAAUUUCACUGUGUGAUCAGACGAGUCAAAAGACUAUAAAAAAAAAAGAAUUGCAGAAAAGGAUACAAAUUAUUUAUAUUUAAAAUGAAGGACCAACAUUUCCAUUUAUGAGCUUACUGCACCUUUUUACAUCGCAUUACCUUACUGCACCGAAGCAUGUUUAAACUUGACUGGUCGGAGAUGGACGAGGGGCCCGCAUGCAAAGGGGCCUCCUGCUUGCCAUGGCUUAUCUUAUCUUAUCGUGGGUUUUUUGGCCUUCUCUCUCGAGCUCUCUCCCCCUUUUCAUCUUCUUCGUUUUCUGGUUUAUCAAGGGGUUUUCUCUUUUUCACUUUUCUCUACAUGUUUUUUUUCGAACUUAGUAUUCAGUCUCUCUCUCUCUCUCUCUCUCUCUCUCUCUCUCUCUCUCUCUCUCUCUCUCUCUCUCUCUCUCUCUCUCUCUCUCUCUCUCUCUCUCUCAUGUGCUUAUAAUUUAAACCUUCACUUAGACAUACUUAUAACCUUACUCACUAUUAAGUCAUAACUAUAUUUUUCAUCCUCACUUAGACAUAUAAAUACUCUCUUGUGUGCACUUAACAGUAUCAAGGUCUCUACUUUUAAUAUUAUAGAAAAAAAUGAACUCAAAUAACAAAUCAUGUGUCCGUGUUACCAUUCAGUCAUUAGGUUGUGAUAACAUAGACAAUAUAGAAAAAAUAUAUAUAUAUAUAAUUUCCCUUUUCCAGAACUUUGAGUGAUAAUGAAGGUAUUUUUGUAAAGAUGGUUUUGCUGGUGAUAUAUUUACUGUCAUAUAUAUUUACCAUAUUUUCUGGUUUCUUAAGCAAGCUGAUGCAUAAGCUUGAAACACAUUCAGUUCAACUCUACUGUUAUAUUCUGAUGUAGAAUUAGGAACCAUGUCUUGUAAUAGAUAAAACAAUGUUUAUAUACUGCAGUAACAAAUUCUCGAGUGUUUCACUUUACCAUUAUUAUUGGUC